CUGGAGAGGCACUGAUCAGCUGAAGAGGUCUUAUCGUGCAAGUGUCAAUGUCCAUUUCUCCACUUACUGUUUACGCUUAAUCGGUUUUAGCUUUGAUAUUAAAGUACUUGAAAAAUACCAGGAAUGGAAAAGCCAAAAGAUGAUACCACAGAAACUACUGCUCCAAUGAUAAGAUCUUCUCAGCUGACACGCUCAUCACACAUUUCACGGUCUUCAAACAUUUCACGCUCCACUGCGGGGUCACUGACGCCAUCUUGGCGGUCAAGCAGCGUCCAGAAACUAGAGACUGCUGCAGCCACAAUAACUUUUACUACGGGAGAUGACGAUGAUGAUGAUGACAGUGAAGAGUCUGAUUCAGAAUUAGAGGAAAGUUUUAAGAAGGAAAGGGACAUCUCUGGUGUAUCUAGUCAACCCAUGGUCUUGACAAGACAACAAUGUGAUGAAAGUUCACCAAAAAGUGACAAGAAAAAUCAUGGGAGUUCAUUUACUGCAGAUGUAGACCAGUGUUCUCAGGCAUUGCCUAGGAGUGCAGGAGCAAUUACAGGGAGUGCAGAGGCAAUUGUGUCAGGUUCUCAAGAGGAGCAGCCAAUUCUGCAAAGAAAGGAACAAGAUGCAAAUGAAGAUGGUGCUAACACUGAUAAUCACAGAAGAAAGACUGUGGAAGGUCUUGAUACUGACAGCCAUAUAGAUCAAAUGAAAACUGAUUCCUCACAGCCUGCUGAACAAAAUAAUUCCACAAUAGCUGACAAUGCUUGUAAACACGUUCCACAGCCACAAGAUAAAGUACCAAGAGAUGAAGGCAGUGGUCAGUUUGUGGCUCAAGUGACUGUUGACCAGGGUCCAGCUUGUCAGGAGGAGUAUGCUCCAAGUCCAGGGACGUGUGACACUGGUGCUACAAGUGACACUUUGACAUCUGACAUGAGUGACCCCAGUCAUGUGACAGGUGUUGAAAGAUGUGGGACAUUACUUGAACCAACACUGAUGCAUUCCACUGAAAAUAGUCAUAAAUCCAUUGAACAAAGUGAAAGAUACCAAGGUGCUUUAUCUGAACAUGAAAAAGAUAUUCAGACCAAUAAUUCCACCAGGAUACUUGAAAGUGAUAUUAAUCGGCCACACAAUAAAAACAUCACAGAAAAAAGUGAGGUAUUUAUUGAAAAUAAAAGUGUUAACUUUGAUGAGCAGUGGGGGUCAGGUUUGGAUGCUUGUCUCCCCUCACCAUCUCAUAGGGACAGUGCUUUCACUGCCAUUGGGGAAGACCCAGAAACCACAGCCCCAAAACAAAGAACUGACUCGACCUACCUUGAAGAUGGUCUUUUGGAAUCUGGUUUACCAUCUUCACGCCCCCAAAUUUCUGGUCAAGAUCAUGUCAUGCAGGCACAAAAUUUCACGGAGAACUCAGUUACACCAAGUUCACGGCUUCCUGGCUCUUCCUCCCAGGAGCAAGGACAAUCAGGACAAGAGACAAGUGUCAGAGAGAGGCCCAUUGACGGAGAGGAGAAUGAUGACAAAGUAAAUAAAAACAUGAGGCCGGAGCGGUUCAACCCCUUUGACAGAGACAUUGUGGUGGAUGAGGACCAUUUUGACAAUGAGGAAGAGGAGAUUGAAAGGAGAUACGCUUCUUAUGAAAGAGAGAGAGUGAACUCCAGUUUUACGUCUGCUGGUUCUGGUCGUCAGUCUCAGGAAGACAGCGAAGAUGACAUCACAUUUGCUGAGUUAGGUCUAGCAGAAGACCAUUUCUCCCAGCCAGAGGGUCACUUUGGCCUGUCUACCCUGGAGGAGUUGGAGCUGACCAUAGAACAGGUCAAAGAUAUGGUGAUGAAGGCGUCCAGUGUGGAGAAGAAAAAGAACCUGGUGAAGAAGUUGGUGCAGCUUAGGCUAAAACUCAGUGAGGCUCAGGACACACCUGACAUCCAGCCAGACGUGAAGACAGUGCUUGGCCAUACCUUCAAACAUAAAACCCAGACCAGUUCUAAGACCAACUACUGUGAGAGGUGUAACCGUGUUAUCUGGGGGCUGAUGCAGGCCAGAUACAAGUGUACAGGUUGUGGCUACCAGUGUCAUGAGCGCUGUAUUAAUCUCAUCCUCAGACAGUGUGCAAAACAAAAGGUUUCUGAUAACCCCGUGUAUCAGUUGAAUAUCUGCCCUGAGAGAGGACUGUCAGCUCAGGGCUAUAGGUGUGCUGAAUGCAGGGUGCAGAUUGCAUACACUAACAAAGGCCCUCGUGGACAGAGUGAGCCCAGGAAGUGUGACUACUCGGGUUUAUUUUAUUGCGCUCUAUGUCACUGGAACGACAGUGUUGUUAUUCCAGCCAGAGUUCUGCACAACUGGGACUUUGAACCCAGAAAGGUGUGUCGCUCCUCCAAGCAGUAUCUGCGGUUGAUGUUACAGAGAGCCGUGCUGCGUAUUCAGGACAUCAACCCCAUGUUGUUUAGUUUUGUGGAAGAACUAAAUGAGGUCAAGAAAUUACGUGAGGAAAUCCUCAUCAUGAAGAAGUACUUUCUUGUCUGUGAAGAUGCACUGAAAAGUAGACUACUACUACAGCUCCAAGAGCGUCAGCACUUUGUGGAGAGUUCAGACAUGUACUCCCUGCAGGACCUGGUGGAUAUAGCAGAGGACAAACUGCUGCCACAACUGGCUAAGAUACACACCAGCUUUGCACAACACAUCAAGGUGGACUGUCAGCGUUGCAAGGUGAAGGGGUUCAUUUGUGAGAUAUGUAAGGAGGACGAGGUGCUGUUUCCAUUUGAUAACAUCGCCACAGUCUGUGCUAACUGCUCAACAGUACUACACAGGCAUUGCCUCCAGAGAAAAAACAAUCAGUGUCCGAAAUGUUUGCGCCUCUCAAGAAGAGCUGUGGACUCAGUCCAGUUAGACCAGUCUAUGUGAUGGUGUUUGUGGACUCAGUCCAGUUAGACCAGUCUAUGUGAUGGUGUUUGUGGACUCAGUCCAGUUAGACCAGUCUAUGUGAUGGUGUUUGUGGACUCAGUCCAGUUAGACCAGUCUAUGUGAUGGUGUUUGUGGACUCAGUCCAGUUAGACCAGUCUAUGUGAUGGUGUUUGUGGACUCAGUCCAGUUAGACCAGUCUAUGUGAUGGUGUUUGUGGACUCAGUCCAGUUAGACCAGUCUAUGUGAUGGUGUUUGUGGACUCAGUCCAGUUAGACCAGUCUAUGUGAUGGUGUUUGUGGACUCAGUCCAGUUAGACCAGUCUAUGUGAUGGUGUUUGUGGACUCAGUCCAGUUAGACCAGUCUAUGUGAUGGUGUUUGUGGACUCAGUCCAGUUAGACCAGUCUAUGUGAUGGUGUCACACCACAUGAUGGAUGAUCUAGCAUACAAAUAUCUGUGAUUAUUGACUCAAUGUUGAGAUGAGAUUUUAAUGUGAACAGGAGCAGACAGUGAUUUAAUGACAUGUGCAAGUUGAAGUUUUUCCUAAAAUAUACUAAUUGUUAGAUUACUGUAGUGAUAAUGGUGUGGUUAUUGAUAUUCCGUGGCAGGCACACCAAUUCCAUGUUCUUUGUUAAACAGCUUCAGUUUUUCAAUGUUCACUUUGUUAUUUGGUGCAAUACUGCUGUCAGACGUUUGUGAUAAGCAAGCUUAGGUACAGUAAGUUAAAACUUACAAAAAUAUAACAAUAAUUGGAGUAAAUUUAUGCUUAUAGCAAAACAUUACAUAUGAAAAAAUGUGUGUUUAAAAUUUGUCACAAAUUUGCAUUACAUUAACCCCUUGCUGAAGAUGAUGUAAUUUCAGUGAUGCUGGUAUGUUCCAAUAUCUGCUUCAUGUAGUCAACAUUGUUGUAAGAAUUUGUGAAGUGUGCAUGUUGCUGUUUCUGAAGUCUUCUCCAGUACCAGACAGAUGAUUUUUGUCUGAAUAUGAAAUGUUUUAUGAAUAUGUAAUAUUAUUAUGCUGGGGUACUUAUAAUUGUACAAUAUUUUUAAUGGUGCUUUGCUGCUUUAAUGCCAUUUUAUUUAUCUUGCAACUUCUUAAUAUCAUCAUCAUCAUCAUCGUCACUGUUUUAACUUUGUGGAUUAUACUGAUAACUAAGGCUAGAAUGUGUUCUUUUUAUUAUAUUAUCAAGUUUUAAGUAGUAUUUGUAAUUAAUGUGUAAUAUUUUUUUUUAUAAUUGCUGAUUAUAUUUACUUAUUGUUUGCCAGAUAUGUUUUAUCCCUGUCAUUGAAAUGUUGGUAGUCCUUCCUCGAAAACCAAAAGAAGACCCAGUUUACGCCAGAUGUUUUAAUGUGUGAUAUUUUGGUUUAUCACCUCAUAGAGCAAUGAAGACACGUGAGCUAAACUUAUGAAGUUGUCAAAAUUUUAUGCAUUGAAAUCAAUGAAAAUUGUAAGAAUGUGAAAAAAAUUGGACAGAUAGAAAAAAUAUAUCCUUACAGCUGAUGUAAGUGUUUUAAUCAAAAUAGCAUGUUUGUGUUUAUCUUUUUAAUUGUUUAAUUUAUUCAUCUAUUUAUUUUUGUUCUAUUUAACAUGUGUCUUCCAUAAUUUGGCUAAUACACCAAACACCUAGUGCUGUAUGGUUUGUUUUCAUCCUGUUCAUUUGCUAAUCAUUAUCAUUUGUCCAGGAUCCAUUGAAGAUUUACUGGGUUGCAAUCGUGUUUACUAUGUUGAAUAAUUUUAACAAACAUAUUAUUAUUUUAUUUUACAUUAUGUUUAAUUCUAAAUCUUGAGAAUAAAUUAUUGCUAAUUUUA